CUUCCAUCUUCUCUCUGCUUCUUCAACCUCUUUUAAGAGCAAUUUAGACGUAGACUUAGAUCAGAUUCCCGAACCUAAUUCAUGAUUAGCUGACCGGAGGGAGAAAAGGGAAGAGUCUACAGUAGUUUUAAUGCUGUUAGGUGGAUAUGAAGUAAAAAAAAAAAAAGUGUGAUUAUAAUUUUUCCUCUUUUUUUAUUUUUUGGCAGUUGUGUUGCUUUUUUUGCGUUCUCGCAGGAGGCGUUUUGCAGAUGCCUUUCUAACGCGGAUGCAUUUGAGAUGAGAAGCGAAAAGCUUAUAGCAAUAUUCCGCUUUUCAUCUCUUAUCUGAGCGAUCAUCAUGCCCACACGCGUGUGUGUUUUCCCGGAGAAAGGACGCGGCAUGACGGGAUCGGUACAUUCUCGCACUUUUCCAGCUCAACUGUAAACACACCGAUCGGGGCUAAUUGGAUUUUAUAACAUCCACCUACUCAUCAUAAAAUAACAGGCAAACUCGCGUCCACACCGCGCGGCCACGCACGGCUGGAAGUUGCAUCUUUCUGUAAUGGCGCGAUUUUUCAGACAGGGCAGAGAAUUAGAGAGAUCAUACCUAUAGACUAUCCCGUCCUACACUGAAAUUUACAAGGCAGAAACUGAGCAACUUCAGCUGGGGGUUUUCUUUUCUAUAGGAUGUCGCGCCGCAAGCAAGCGAAACCAAGAUCACUGAAAGUAGAAGACAAUGUGACAGAGGACCAGCACAGUCCUGGGCAGACUGCCAUUCCAAGCGAUCCAGAGUGCGCCCUCGAGAGGGUGGCGGAAGAUGGUGAGGCCGGGCAUCUGAGAAAGAGGCUGCUCUCUCUAGAGGAAGGAGAGGAGGGAGAGGAGGAGGACGAGGAGCCUGCGCUGCACAGCUGCGACAGCUGCCGGCAGGUGUUCGAGUCGCUGAGCGAUCUCACCGAACACAAGAUUAAUCAAUGCCAGCUGACAGAUGGUGCUGAUCUCGAGGAUGACCCAUCUUGUUCUUGGCCAGCAUCAUCUCCGUCCAGUAAAGAUCAGGCUUCUCCAGGAAACUGCGAGGACUACGAAUUUGGAGAGGAAGAAGGAGGCCCUGGUCUGCCGUACCCGUGCCAGUUCUGUGACAAGUCCUUCAGCCGCUUAAGCUUCCUCAAGCGUCACGAACAGAGUCACGGUGAUAAGCUCCCAUUCAGCUGCACGUUUUGCAGUCGCUUGUUUAAACAUAAGCGGAGCCGAGACCGGCACGUGAAGCUACACACCGGUGAUAAAAAGUACCACUGUGGAGAGUGUGACUCCGCCUUCUCCCGCAGUGAUCACCUCAAAAUCCACAUGAAAACCCACGCCUCCAACAAACCCCACAAGUGCCCUGUGUGCCGUCGAGGCUUUCUCUCCUCCAGCUCCCUCCACGGCCACAUGCAAGUACAUGAAAGGGGCAAAGAUGGUGGCAGCUCGGGCUUUAAUAGAGCUGACGAAUGGAAACUAAAAGAAACCCGAAAGUGCAGUCGGUGUGAGGAAGGGUUUGAUGUCCCAGAGGAGCUACAGCGGCACAUUGCAGAGUGUCACCCUGAAUGUUCUCCAUCUGAAGACGGAGGCCUUGGGGCCACCCUGCAGUGCAUCUACUGCCACGAGCCCUUCAGUGAUGAGGGUACCCUGCUGACCCACAUUGACCAGGCCCACAGCCGAGAUAGAAAGGGCCAUACCUGUACCAUCUGCUCCGAGCACUUUUUGUCUGUUGAGGACCUCUAUGCUCAUAUGGAUAUCCACCAACUCCCCGAAUCUAGUAAUCAUAGCAACAGCCCUUCCUUGCUCACUGUGGGCUACACGUCUGUCUCUAGCACCACUCCUGACUCCAAUCUUUCUGUUGACAGCUCUACGAUGGUGGAGACAGCACCACCUGUGGCCAAGACAAGAGGAAGGAGAAAGAGAGCUUCACAAAACACAUCUGACUUGGGAGGGAGAUCCUCAAAACAGCCUAAAAUCUCCUACAGUUGCAUUUACUGCAACAAACAAGUAUUCUCUAGCUUGGCUGUGCUUCAAAUUCACCUACGAACCAUGCAUCUGGACAAGCCAGAGCAAGCUCAUACUUGCCAGUUUUGUUUAGAGGUUCUGCCCUCGCUGUUAAACCUAAAUGAACAUCUUAAACAGAUCCACAAUGCAGAAGACCAUGCUGCCCUGUUAGCCAGCCUGUCCGAUGCCCUCCUUCAGUGUAACUUUUGCCCUGAGGUGUUAAGUGACCUUAAUGCCCUACAGGAGCACAUCCGCUGCUCCCAUGGUUUUCCCAGUCCUGUUGCCAAGGAGAGCAAUGCCUUCUUCUGCCCCCAAUGCUUCAUGGGGUUUUUGACUGAGGCUACAUUAGAAGAGCAUGUUCGUCAGACACACUGUGAUGGAGGAAGCCUGCGGUUUGACUCACCCUUGGCUGUAACUCCCAAAGAGCCUAUAGUAGAAGUUUACUCCUGUUCAUAUUGCACCAACUCCCCCAUAUUCAACAGUGUUUUGAAACUCAACAAGCACAUUAAGGAGAAUCACAAGAACAUUCCUCUGGCACUGAACUACAUUAACAAUGGAAAGAAAUCUUUGCGCACUCUCAGUCCCUCUUCACCAAUAUCUGUGGAACAAACUGCCAUGCUAAAACAGGGCGGCUCUGCCUCACGCACUACCAGUGAGUUCAUAUGUAACCAAUGUGGUGCCAAGUAUACAAGUUUAGACCUUUUCCAGACUCACCUUAAAACUCAUUUAGAUGGUCUACAGCCUCAGCUCACUUGUCCCCAGUGCAACAAAGAGUUCCCCAACCAAGAAUCUUUACUGAAGCAUGUGACAAUUCACUUCACAAUUACCUCCACCUACUACAUUUGUGAAAGCUGUGACAAGCAGUUCACUUCAGUGGAUGACCUGCAGAAGCACCUUCUUGACAUGCACACUUUUGUUUUCUUUCGAUGCACUCUAUGCCAGGAGGUCUUUGACUCAAAAGUGUCUACCCAACUUCACCUGGCUGUAAAGCAUAGCAACGAGAAGAAGGUGUAUCGUUGCACAUCCUGCAACUGGGACUUCAGACAUGAGACUGACCUACAGCUGCAUGUGAAACACAGCCAUCUGGAGAACCAAGGACGUGCCCACCGAUGCAUUUUUUGUGGAGAGUCCUUUGGCACGGAGGUGGAGCUCCAGUGCCACAUUACCACCCACAGCAAGAAGUACAACUGUCGUUUCUGCAGUAAAGCCUUCCAUGCCAUUGUCCUUCUAGAGAAGCAUUUAAGGGAGAAACACUGUGUGUUUGAGGGAAAGACCCAGAAUUGCGGCACUAAUGGGUCUACCAUAGGUGGUGGGGAAGGCCAGCCUAAAGAAGACACUGAAAUCCAAGGUCUCUUAACUAACAGUCAUGGUCCUGGAGCAGGUGGAGGAUCUGUGGUGGAGUCCCAAAACAGCCAUGAUGGAAGUGAGGAAGAGGUGGACACAGCUGAACCCAUGUAUGGGUGUGAAAUAUGUGGGGCAUCUUACACUAUGGAGUCCCUCCUCACUAACCACCAGUUAAGAGAUCACAAUAUCCGCCCCGGUGAGAGUGCAAUGAUCAAAAGAAAAGCUGAAAUGAUCAAGGGCAAUCACAAGUGCAAUGUUUGUUCCCGUACCUUCUUCUCUGAAGCUGGGCUGAGGGAACAUAUGCAGACUCACCUUGGGCCUGUAAAACACUACAUGUGUCCAAUUUGUGGGGAACGCUUCCCUUCCUUGCUCACCCUGACAGAGCACAAGGUUACCCAUAGCAAGAGUCUGGACACAGGCAGCUGCCGCAUUUGUAAGAUGCCGCUGCAUAGUGAGGAAGACUUCCUUGAGCAUUGCCAGUUGCACCCUGACCUGAGGAACUCUCUGACAGGUUUUCGCUGUGUGGUGUGCAUGCAGACUGUGACCUCCACAUUGGAGCUCAAGAUCCACGGUACCUUUCACAUGCAGAAGACAGGCACUAUGUCCUCCAACCAACCUAUGGGUCGCAACAAUGCCAUCUCUCAAAACCAACAGCUACACCACGCUCAAAAGCUUUUUAAGUGUGCCUCUUGCCUGAAAGAUUUCCGGUCCAAACUAGACCUAGUGAAGCUGGACAUUAACGGGCUGCCUUAUGGACUUUGCGCAUCCUGUGUGACAGCUGCUGGCUCCAAAAGCUCCAGCCCGACGGUGAAUGGAGGAAGGCAACAGCAGCUACAGGCCACAACUCCUGCAACAACUGCUUUGGCGUGGGUACAAAGGGAGAGUUUGAGCCCUGGAGAUGGAAAAGGCAAGGGUGUCUCAUCAUCAUCCUCUUCCUCUUCCACGUCUUCAUUGUCUGCCAUCAAGACACGCUGUUCCAGCUGCAAUGUGAAAUUUGAGACUGAGGCCGAGCUGCAAAACCACGUCCAGACGGUUCAUCGGGAACAAGGUGGGGAUAGCAACAGCGGGCAGCUUAAGACCCCCCAGGUGUCACCAAUGCCGAGAGCCAGCCCCUCACAAACUGAGGAGAAGAAGACAUACCAGUGCAUCAAAUGUCAGAUGGUGUUCUACAGCGAGUGGGACAUCCAAGUUCAUGUGGCCAACCACAUGCUGGGCUUACAAGUGCCCGGAUCACAUCACCAAAUAGAGGAAGGACUGAACCAUGAAUGCAAGCUCUGUAGUCAGUCAUUCGACUCACCGGCGAAGCUUCAAUGCCACCUGAUUGAGCAUAGCUUUGAGGGCAUGGGUGGAACCUUCAAGUGUCCAGUCUGCUUUACAGUAUUUGUCCAGGCCAACAAGCUUCAGCAGCACAUUUUCUCGGCCCAUGGACAGGAGGAUAAGAUAUACGACUGCUCGCAGUGCCCGCAGAAGUUCUUCUUCCAGACAGAGUUACAGAACCACUCGUUGACUCAGCACAGCAGCUAACAUGGCAGAGCUCAGUGCUGUCAAGAACAAGAAUCGCAUGACGCACAGAACAAUGCCUGACCACCAAUUAUUGUUGGCGCAUUUUCCCACUGACUGACUUGUACUGAACUUUCAAUUCAGCCACACCACCAGAAACCACACCACAGAAGAAGGAAAAAAACGAAGAAACGGAAGCAGAGAAAGAACAUAAAAGAUGCCUUUCUGUUCUUUGCUAAUCAUUGUGUCCAAAGUAAAGAAAAGGCCAUCUUGUUUGUACAUAGACUUCUUCAUGUGUUGCUUAUCUACAGGAAUAUUACAAUCUUAUACAGUAUUUGCCAAUGUACAGUUAAAAAUGUUUGUCUAAAUAAAGAGUAAAGGAGGGAAAAAAUAUCAUCAAAUCUGUCAACGAAAAAAAUAAUCUUGACCUGUUGUGAGGCUUAUCGUGCCACUGGGAGCACAAGACUCUUUUCAUCACUGGCACUCCAUGCUGUAUUAAGACACGGUAAAUCAUUAUAAGGUAAAAAUGUAAAAUAAAAAGAACUCGAUUCACCAGCAUAGGCAGAUAUCUUGUCUGUGUGUCUGUCAUACAGUAAGCGUGGCUGCCAGAGGACGAGCUGCAAAUGACAACGCAACAAAUCUGCACUGCCCGUGCUGGAGUUCACGCGAGAGAUGGGGAAAAUUAAAUAUAACACAAAGAAGGGAAGAAAAAAAAACAGGACAGGGGACAGACAGGAUGCAGAUAUAUGCAAAUGCAGUGACACAGAUUUGGAAAAGGCUAGCUCCUCUGGUUGGCUCGUGAACAGAGGCGUGAAGCUCCCAUGUGGCUCUCAGAGCGUGGGGAAAUCUCCGGCCCACUGAUUCAACAUGUACAUUUCUGUUAUUAAUGUUUACUGCUUGUUGAAGCCAGAAAAUUACUGGAAUUUUCUCCUUUUUUUCAUGUUUUGUUAUCUCUGUGUAUUUUUCACAAUUUGAAUUUAGGGCAUGAAGACUGAGCGUAAACUCAGACUGUCUCGGGGAUACAACCGUAGUUCCAAAACGCUGUCCCUGGCUCUCCUGGAGAGUGCCCACCUAACCCUCUUCCUUCGCACCUCAUUGCCCACCCCUCAAACUGGAAGCCACUGUGGCACCAUACAAAACUCCUAAUCUAUCCUGUAUUGUAAAUGUUUUGCAUUCAUUGAACCUGAGAUGCACUUUUGUAUGAAAAGUUCAUGUUUUGACAUUUUGACUGAAAAUUGUUCAUAUAGAGUUUACAGGAAACCACCAUCUCCUGCGGCAAAAAGGAAAGUUAUCUCUGAUGUUAUUGAAAUGUAUUGUACAAAUAUAGAGUUCUGUAUUUGGCAGACCUCGUUUUUUGUGUUGCACAUGUGAUGGAAAUAAUAAAAACUGUAUGAGGAAA